GGAAAAAAGUUUUAGGCCCCGCAAGCAGCCUUGUAACACGAAACCCUCCAGCUCCUGCAUUCAAGAUAUAUCGCAAGUUUUCAAGCGCAAGGCACAUUCUUUUCCUCGUUGUAGGGCACCACGACUCAUUGACAUGACACCUCCGGCACCGUCUGCUUGUGUGCUGGAGGGUGAGACGCGCAUUGUUCGCGGACAACACUUGCAGCUUCAGAUGCGGUAAGUUGGACACGAGAUGUUAACAUUCGUGUCGCAGGACACAGUGUCUGAUCGCAUAAUUCCCUAACUACGCACGGUCGUUCGUGCUCACGAACAGGAAGACACCAGAGUACUUAUCCCGUUGGCCACCCACGACCGUUCUUCGGUCGCAGCUCGACAAGUCAAGAUGGCGGCUGAAACAAAGCGGCCAAGUGCCGCCGUCGAGCUAGAGCAUCUGUGCGGCUUAACGAACCGAUUUACGAAUAACGUUAUCUUUCAUCCGACAAAACCAGACAUCUACGUGUAUCCAGUAGGAUGCUGCGUCGUUAUGGAGGACAUCAGCAACCCACACAACCAGGACUUUUUGCGGGCGCACGACGCAGAAGUCUCUGCGAUAUGUAUCUCAAGAAACGGCAAGAUGAUUGCAAGUGGGCAGAGGGGCUCUGAGAGGAGAAAAGGACAGAUUGCACCGGUUAUCGUUUGGGAUGAGGAACAACGGACAAUAUACAAAGACUUUGGGGGCUUGACGGGUUCGGUACUUCUAGACGAAUCAAUAGAUGAAAAACGUCUCUCUCUCUAUGUCGUUUGGUUAAGAACGACCGUUCCGUCGUACAGCAUGAGCAUGACGGACUAUGUACGUAUACUGAGUAGAUUUUUUCCUUUAUGGCUUUUGCAUCAUCAUCAAAAUGGCCAGUUCGUCAUCGUCUGAAAAAUCACUAUUAAUAGCAUGCUCAACUUGACGCAACGAUCGUCUAAAAAAUCAAUAAUGAAUAAAUAAUCAGGUGAUAACAUUAGCUUUUUCACCGGAUGGACGAUUCUUGUGUGGAACAGGGGCCAACGCAAAGAUCAUGAUUUGGGACGUGACUACCGGAGAAGUGAUGUAAGUUAUCUAUUGACAACUCAAUCCGUGUUUGAGGUCGUAAUCGUAUCCUAGAUGCAGAUGGUGCCAGUUGGGUGUUGUAUUUGACAAGGAAGCGCAAAAGGAAAUUUUCGCAGGCAAAAAAACAAAAUUCUUCCUAAUGUCUUGCACAUAUUGCAGAUACGACCGGAAUACGGAGUCACCAAGUUACAUGGUUUGUUGGGGUGAUGUAAGUCCACCGACUGCCACUAAUCGAUAUCCGAGUUAUCUUCUCUGCACGGCCUACGAGUCUGAGGUGCUGACCCACGAGCUCGUGUUCGACAUCAGAUCGAUGAGCUACGUGCUGGAAACAGCUAAAAUACAGCUACCACCAGCCGGCCUUCAUAGGAAGCAUGUCACGGGCUGCAUAAUGGACAGUCAACUCAUAACGGGGACACACGCAGGAGAUCUAUGCGUCUUCAAUCUACAUAACAGGUACUUUGGUUGUUGUUCAUUUUUAUUUGGAUUUCAAUUUACAUAUUUAUGAUACAUUAUAGGUACCAUUCGUUCAGAACAAGUUGUAGGAUUUCUAUUUAAAAUUUCUUUGAACAACUUGCAAGAAACAUCGGCUUCAGCAUGCCGAACUGCCAGAUAAUAAAUUUAGUUGUGUAUAGCCGAUCAGUUUAUAGCACGCAUGGCGCAUGGAGCGCAGAUCCAUAAGGGACGCAAGAGGCGCCCCCUUUAGCUCCAUGCAACUCCAUGCACUCCAUGCCAUGCGAGCUGGCAAACCUUACGAAUUUCCCUGAUAUAGAAGCUAGCCGUAGCUUGUCUCUUCACUUCCAAUGUGACGCGGCUCCUCCCUUGAUGAUCUUGAACCUCCACAUCAGGGUUUUCCGCUGCUCUCUGCCUAUAGUAAACGGUGGCGUUGCCGGUAUCUCAAAAGUUGACGAGACCACAAUGAUAGUAGUUGGCGGGGAUGGAAAGGUGAAGCGCGUUCGUGGUGCAGACGUACAACUAACUUAAUAAAGUAGUAGUAAGUCAUGCACUUGAUAUUUGAAUCAAGAAAUUGAAGUGCUCGUAGCUACUUGGAGGUGCACCUGCCACCUGCAGCUACAACAAGAAUCUACUAUUUUCACCUUCCUUGAUCUUGAUACAUAUCCAGCUCCUUCCUUCUGUCGAAAUCACUUCUGCUCAAACUAUUCCACAAGACUCACUGGGACAUGCUAGCCGAGAACAUACUUGAUGCGCCGUGUAUGUCGGUAAACUUGAGCGCAGAUUCGAAGGAAGUCCUGGUGAGUACGAAAAACGGAAAGCUUUGGAGGUGUUUGACAAAAGACCUUACUACAACGCUGCACUCCUCAUCGCAUACAGUACUACCAUUUUUUUGUCCUCCGCGAAAAGAGAGAAACAGUAACAAACAAUGAAAAUAGUCAUUACUACUUGUACUUAUUGGCUGAGGAACGCCCUUAUAAAUAUCAUACGGAGAAAAAUAGUAGCCAGAUAAUGCGAAAUAACCCACAAAUAGCCUCAUAGGUUACCUAAAAAUGAGAACAAAUAUGUUCAGUUUUCUAAUUUUUCCCGUAGAAAACGAACAAAACUGGCCAUAUAUUUUCUUAUUGUGGGCUCUUUCUGAUUUUCUAAUCAAGACGCCUACUUCGUCUUGUCUGAAAUAGGACGGCCCUGAGCGAAUACUUCUUAUGACAACGAACUAUAACUAGGCCGCGAUACGAUACAUAUCGGAUAAACAAUAUCCCAAUUGACGAUCUCGCUGUUUAUUAUCCACUUUCAGUUCGACGUUUUAAUGGCCUGCUUUGGUGGAAAGGACAGCGAAUGCGUGGCCACCGUUAGCAAGUCGGGGGAGAUGUUUCUAUGGGACCUGUCGGACUAUUCACACAUGCAAAGCGUCAGGAUAAAAGUAUAGAAAAGUACUCGUUCUGUAGCAAUGUCGUCGAAGCAAUGAUAUUAGCGACUAACCUUAAUCACGACAAAUUUAAGCUGUUACACCUUUAUUGUCCGAUGUUUGUAGCUGUUGGUGUCCUGCAAACAAGAUGUAAAAGCGACAGCGACAAGGCGUCGACGUGGAGCUAGAGGAUUAAUUUGCGCAUUUUCGAAGUGUGACACCACACUAAAAGUGGCCUGACGUGGAAGGCUGCCGCUCUGGCUCUGCUUCCUUGGAGACAGAGAGACGGCCUCCACUUUUACAUACGGUUCCGGAUGUAAAAGUGACACAGCCAAGAGGCUCAGAAGUCUCCAGUCCUUCACUUUUAGCUUGGCGCCACACGAAAACUGGCCUGGCGUGGGAUGUAGUUCUUUCCGAUCGGCUUCUUUGGAAGCGGAUCGAUUGCACUUUUACAUACGGUUCCGGAUGUAAAAGUGACACAGCGAAGAGGCUCAGGAGUGUCCGCUUUUCGUGGGGUUCCGCACAAGAAGUAGCCUCGCGUGGGAGGUUUUUUCCGAUCGGCUUCUUUUCGGGAAGCGGAUCUGCUUUCACCCUUACAAGCAGGCCUUUGAUGAAAUUCGACAGAAAUGCCGAAAACAGAAGCUAGGAAACGUGACAUUUAAAUUUUUUUCAAUACUCAAGCUUGCUCAAAGAUCAGGGACAACGACGGACAACAUCUCUCCUCUAUAUUUCAAUACUCAAGAACGUGCUUGUCUUCGCGCUGCGGCUGCACGUCCACGUGUCAUGAUUUAGUUUGAGCCUUCCGUCGUUUCUCGUUUCAUGAAUAUAAAUAUGGAAAACGUCUCUUAGAAGUAGAAUUACCCCUCACAAAUAGAAAUAAACAACUAAAAAAGUAUUACUGGUGUCAUUGAAGAUCCUUCUUGGUUUCACAUCACUCAGAGUGGAGUUCUGUGCCUGUGUGUCAGCGAGGUGGAAGACGAAAUUUUAGUCGGAUGCGAAGACAGCUUUAUCCGAGCAUACAGGUAUUUAACUUUAAGAAGUGUCUGCUUUGUCAUUAUUCGUGUUCAUCGUUGCCCUUGCCGUUUUCUGAGUAGCUGCUCAUAGAUGAGUGCUUGGAUGUUCUCCCAGCUUGACCUUGAGGGACAUGACGGGCAUGAGUUUUAGGGAUCAGCGGGACAACUGGAUGCCCCUUUGUCAUGUCGAUCUCAACACAAUCAUGUCAGAAACCGACACGGCAAUCAUUUUUUACACAUACAUGUUUAGCUAGAUAUCCGAUUCCGACUUAGACUUUCUCCAGGUUAUCCCGGCGUGCGCAGGAUAUUGCUCCAUCAUGGGAGGUGGCAAACGCACAUAGGGGGAGCAUAACAGCCAUAAAAGAGUGGGAGCAUUACGGUUUGCAGCUAGUAAUAUUGAUGAUGAUGGCGUAGCUAUAAUCCUUAGUAUCUCAGAAACAUAAUCAGAAUCAGAAAUGUCAAGUAACAAGUCCGCAUAAAAGGCAAGGCACACGAUCAGAAGUUGACUAAACAGCAUAGAUGAGAUGCGAUGCGGAAAACACUUCUAAGAGCAGUUUUUUGUGACCGGGGGCGAAGAUUGCUAUUGUCGCGUUUGGCAUAGAAGGACGAGGGAAUUGCUAGCGCAGUACCACGUUCAUCGCAAACCAGUUACUGACAUUGCCUUAGACAUCGAGAGGCCGAACCUCUUUCACAGCAGCAGCGAGGAUAGGUUUGUGGUAUCUUCAUUAUCCACUCGUAAAAAGAAAUUUGAUUUUGAACUGAGUGCAUGUUCAGCAGCAAUAGACACAUCAUUAAGGACCACUAGCAGAGCGUACUAUGCCCACAGGACAGGAGCGUUGAAAAUCUCCAUCCUUAACAUAAUAAAAAAAACUAAACUUCCGUCAGGUGACAUACGACGUAAAGUUGAAUAAGUCAAUAGUGCAGCGAACGACGCCAAAUAGCAAUGUCAGAGGUCUCACACAGCGGAAAGACUGCGAGCGCGAGCUAGUUAGUUGCGGCUUAGACGGGCGACUCCUUUUCUGGGAUAUCGACGUCGCAGAGCCCGUCGGAUGCUUCCACGAGCGCGCGUGCAAAUUUCUCUGUGUCGAAAUAUCUCCUUCCGGGCAGUACAUAGCGGCUGGAAGCGAGGAAGGCUUUCUCUUUACGGCUAAUCCUUUCUUCAUAGCCUGUUGUUAGUGAAGAUCUGGAGUUCCGAAGCACAUGCACAAACUGACUAAUUUUGAGGACUGCUAAUGUUUUUGGCCUUCCUUGAAAACGCAGCCAAAAACGUCAUAAUUCUUUAGAAGUCACGGGACUUAUAUUAUAAUACUCAGCCCGUUCUAAUCCCAACCUUUUCGACCUGGAAACCAGUGAGAAAAUUUCGCAGCUUGAAGGUCAUAGUGGCGCAGUGACCUCCGUUGUCUGGUCACCUGACAUGAAACAGAUCGUCACGACCGGCGCUGAUGCAUCUGUUUGCAUCUGGAACUUCUUCGAGAUGUAGACGAAGGCCUGCUGCUCAUGCUCGCAAAGCACGAGUCGGCGUGAUCUACCUACUUUCACAGAAAAUCAUGUUUGUUCCUUGAAGAUGAAUUCCAGAGCAGUAACUUCUAAUAACUUUAAGUUUGAUCUCUUCAUCAAUCUUCAUCUCAUCUCUUCUACAUUAUUUACAUUGUGAUUUCGUGUUCUCAACACACUUCAAAAUCUCAACAAUAAACCUGACGAUAUCUUCUGAUGACGUUCGACGUCUGUACUUCGAGCCUAUGCUCGAUGAUUUAGCAACUGAGUAACAACGUUCUUAGAGACCCAGUAUGACAAACUACUUUUUGUUUAGCAGUUUGUUUACCUGACAACCUGAUUGCACGUUCGAGCUUGUUUACUUGACGAAUCACAGUGUUCGUUUAACAUUUCACCGGUUGCGUUUAGUCCACUGAUUUUUCAUCUUCAAUAAACCUUUCGUUUCUUUUUGUUUUUGGGGUUCCCGGUUUUUCUGGAGACCCGUUUCACCCGUACCGGUUUAACUCAGAACGAAGUCUUUUUUCCAAGGAAAGCCCAAAUGAAGCAACGACUGCAGGAGCAAUAAGAACCAUAUCAGUGCUUUGUACUAGUUGCACUAUAAUUUAUUAUACGACGUGUUGUCUCAGAAAAUCAAAAUUUGGAUUGAUUCCUCAUCCGAUCGAGAAUGUGCGUCUGUAUCAUGGGUCUACCUAACGCGUGUUCGACAUAAUAGGG